AUGUCUUUUUCCGCUAAUUUUUUGCAUCCGCAAACCCCUCAAUUGCCUCCUUCGCCUCGUCCAGACGACUACGACGAUAUAAGCCAGCAGCGGCGACCCCCUUCACCACGACCAGCCUUCCUCUACCUACCUCAGACCCAUUCAGGAAGAACCUCUGUCUCUUCGACCGCCAAUUCUACUCCAGUUCCAUCACGUUCUACGUCUCCGCUGCCGCAGUUCUUCAUUUCACAUGCCUCAUCAUCUUCGUGCUCUUCUGAAACGGAAAAGAAGGACAGGCGGUGGUGGACUUUUACGCGCCGCAAAAGGAGAAGAGGCGGCGGAGUCUUACGGACGUUGAAGAAAUGGACAAGGAGGAUUGUGCGACAUCCGCUCGUUCCUCAGCAGCCCAUAACCAUCAUCCUAACACUUAUGCUCCUCACUGCAUUUGCUAUCUUCCUCCGACUUCUUUUGAUAUACAUCUUCAAUCCUGAUAAGGAGCCGUUGCCAUGGCGUGGUUAUUGCUCAAUACCAUCUAUGGCUUCACCGACAGACUAUAUCAUGUCAUCGGCCUAUCCGUAUCCGUAUCCUGAACCUCUGUCAACAGGAAAAGACUUUCCUCCGGAAAACCUAGAUUCACUUCCGCCAGCCGGUCUUUUCGUCGGCGUAUUCUCCAUUGAUUCAGCCUUUGAAAGACGUUCUUUGAUACGUUCCACUUGGGCAAGUCAUCCUAGAAGUAGAGAAGGUGCAGGCUCCGGUGAUAAUGGGGUGGGGACGUCUCGGUCGGUUGUCCGAUUCAUCCUCGGUCAGCCUCGGAAAGAUUGGGAACAGCAGAUUCAGCUCGAGAUGGAAUUGUAUAACGAUCUUGUAAUUCUACCUGUCUCGGAGAACAUGAAUGGAGGCAAGACGCAUGCCUUUUUCUCUUGGGCAUCACUCAACGCUUGGGUUCCCCCUCUGUUUUUUGAUACCCCUACACCUCCUCUGCGCUUUUCAUACUUAAAUUUGACUACCCCACCGCCAGCCCUGGCUCCGCACGACUCGGUUCACGCGUGGAAAGACCAGGAUUCAGGACGUUCUCGAUCUUGGGUACGACCGGAUUACGUUGUUAAAGUCGAUGACGAUUCCUUUGUAAUGAUGGCAGAACUUGAGUCUCGACUGCGCGUAUCACUCCACGAAACUCCUAAAUCCCAUCAUCCCAAUCACACAGAACCACACCUGGCAAUACACCCCAAGGAUGAAGUACAUUGGAAGACAAAUCACACGACUAUAUCGAUAUCGCCAGAUAAUUUUUCGACAGCAUUAGAUGAGCAGAAAGACAUGAAAGACCCCCUAAUAUAUUGGGGAUAUCUUGUCACGAAUAGACUGCACCGAUUCAUGGCUGGAGAGUUAUAUGCUCUCAGUUGGAGUCUGGUUGAUUGGGUAGCCAAGGACCCUACGGUCAAAGGAGUUACAAAAGGUGCCGAGGACAAGCAAACCGCGAAAUGGAUGACGAUGCAUCCUCUUGCUUCUGAGAUACGAUGGGCUAGCGAACGGUGCUGGAUAUAUGACCACCCGCGGUCUGGUACUGUAUACGCUCACGGCUUCCUUUUCCCUUCAGAGGUAACUCGUGUAAAGCGUAGCGUGGCAUCUUAUCUGGCCAACGUGCCGCAGGAGGUGGCUGGGUCUGUGACAGUCGGUACAGGCGUUCUUCCUGCACCGACAUCUUGGGCCCAUUCAAGUGUUUCAACGUUUGGUGUGCGGUAUUCACCCCCGGUACCCAGUUUGUCUACGCAUGAAGCAGUAGAAGCUCUUGUUGAAGGUAGUGACAUGUCUACUAUCAGCGAAGGGAGCGCCAUGUCUUCAGAAUAUGCAUGGUCACAUCGAGAAGGUAGAAAAACAAGAUACGAGAACAGUCGUUUGGGAGGAACCAUUGUCGUGCAUUUCAUCAAGAAGAACCUGUGGUUUUUGGAGACGGCCCUUGCCUUGCUGGGUGGCGAGGAGUAUUCCGAGUCCGAGAGCAUCGGCAUACAUCUACCAAACAAUUUUGCAUAG